UCUUAUUCCAGCUAAGGGAAAUCCGGCGGAUUCCUACAUGAAAGAUGAGCCUCCAUACCUACCAGAUGACGUGAAGUUGGCCCACCUGGUGAAAGCUCAGAAGAAUGACAAAGGGUGGUAUGUAACAGCAACCGGGCAGGUAGUAGUACCUGCGAAGAUAAUGCGAGCAAUCUUGGAGACUGAACAUUACAAGUGCCACUGGGGAGCGGAGGCCUUGGUAAAAUUUUUAAAGAAUGAGACUCUUGCAGCUGUACGGGGAGCCUUGCAGUGGAACCGCCCGCUACCACUAGAGAACCCAGUUCAUGACAUCUCGCCGGGAGACCAUGUGUACGUGAAAAAUUGGAGCGUGGAGCCUCUGAAGGAGUCAUGGAAUGGUCCCUACCAAGUGCUGAUGACCACGUACACCGCCGUCAAGGUCGCUGGGAUUGAUAACUGGAUACACUACACCAGGGUGAAGAAGAAAGCUGGAUCCCAUGAAAUUAAUGUGAGAUGGAGAAAAGGCCUUGACAUCGUAAGUAAAGGAAUAAUGACACUUUGGGAUGACCAUCAGCAAUCAGGAAACACUACCUUAAGGAUUCCUAAAAUCUCAACUUCUGGAGAAGGUAGAUACACCUGUGUAGUAUGGAUAAAAAGUAGUUUUGAUUAUGGGGAUUUUGAGUUGGAAAUUAUAAAUGAAAACUAUACCAGUGCAGGUUCGGUAAUAGUAGCACCCUUGAAAACAAGCCAGGAUAUUUGGUUGGGCCCGCCAUUGAGAAUUAGUUGUCAAUACACCUUGAAGAAUAAUUGCAAAAGAAGAAUAAGGAUUAGCUGGUGGAAAGAGAGAGAGAUGGAAUGGGAUCAAUUGAAGGAAGGAAGUAGUGAGUGGAAGAAAGAGUCUAAAGGGGUCGGGUGGUAUAAUAUCACAUCUUUUGCUUCAACAACUAUGGCAGGGAAUUAUCUGUGUAUAGUUAAGUGUGGAUUAGAUGGAGGAUUUGGACUUCGGGAAGUGGUCGCUAGAACAAACCCGGAUCAGGGAAUAAGAGCAACUGAAAGAACAAUCUUAGCAGUAGAAAGAGAAAAUAUUGCUUUAAAUUGUACAAUAUCCCAAAAUUACACUGAGUAUGGGUGGUGGCAUGAAACAAGGAUUAGGCCGGGAUCAAAGUAUAAAAUCACAGCAGGGAAAAAGGAAAUAGCAUUGCAGAUUACUAAUGUACAGAAAGGGGAUGACGAAGGAGAAUAUUGGUGUUGGAUAGCCCGAGAUAAUUGGUGGAGUCACAGUCAGGUAACGUUAAGAGUAAGGGACAUACGAGUUACCAGACAGGUCCCAGAGAGAAAUCAAACCCUAAAAAUAAGAGAAGGACAGGAAAAUUUAAUAGUAGGACUAAUUCGAGACUUCGGAAGAAUGCAAAAUACAACUUCAAUAACAGCCUGCCUGCCUCUUCCUCAAGCGGCUGGAGACCCGAUCCCGUAG